AUAAGCGGUAAUCUAAAUGCAACUGAUAAGAAUAGUAUGAAUUGUUUGUUCUAUAUAGACGUUACGAAAUAGAAAUUUAUAAGGCGUAUAAAAACCAAAAGUGUUUGUGAUUUAAUCAAUGAUAUGGAGAAAAUACUAAAUUUCGACGAACUUAUCAGCGAUCAUAUUGGUAGUAAUAGAACAAUAAAAGGCGUUAAAGCGUCCAAUUUACUAAGCGUUGGCGAAAAUUAUAUGAGUGAUAUACUUAGAAUUCAUCUUACACUGAGAAACAAUACAACUGAAGAGGAAGAAAAUAAAUAUUUAAUUGCUAAAUUAACUAUCGAAAAUCCUUUGAUAGCCGAUGGAAGUACAGCAAAGUUAACCAAAAAUGAAUAUUUAUUCUAUAAACAAAUACUCCCAGCUAUACAAGAUUUUGAAAAAAAGCACUCGUUACCGGUGUCGAAUUUUUUUCCGAAAUUCAUCGCUGGUAGAUUGAAUUUGAAUGGAACUGAUCUACCUGAUCAAAACGGACUUUUAAUUCUAGAAGAUUUGACCUCAGAAGGAUUCAAAUCUGGAGAUCGACAUGUUGGAUUUGAUUUAAACGCCACUAAACUAAUACUGAACGAUUUAGCGAAAUUUCAUGCGAUACCACUAGCGAUGAGACUACUGAACCCCCAACAAUACGAAACCCAAAUUAAAAAACAUUGCACUGGUUUAAUUUCGAAUACAUGUGCCGGACCACUUCAAACUUCACUUCUCAUGGAAAAAAUAAUAACGAUGUACAAAAAUUAUGAAUACAUUCAACCGAAAUAUAAAAUAUUCGCUGCAAAGCUUCAAAAAAUGCUCGAAGAGAAUCCGAAACGCAUAUGGGGAGCGAAAGUCACCGACGAUUUCGAAACGCUGGUUCACUGCGAUCUAUGGACUAACAACAUACUAUUAAAACACAAUGAUGGAACUGCUAUAAAAAGUGUCUUUCUCGAUUUCCAAAUGGUGGAAACAAAUUCUUGUAUUUGCGAUUUAAUCUUCUUCCUUGUUACCAGUGUUGAGUUGACGUGCUUAAAAAACAAUUUCGACACGUUGAUUCGUUUUUAUUAUGAUGAAUUGAGCUUGAAUUUAGAUAAACUGCAGUGUUUGAAACGGGAACAUAAUUACGAAAAAUUUCAAGAAGCGUUGAGAAAAGGGUCGUAUUCGCCGAUAUUCCAAUGCGUGUUUAUGUUAUUAACGGUAAUAACUGCUCAAAAAGGUCAACACUUCGAUCAAUUUAAUAUAAGGAAUAUUCCAGUGGAAGACGUUCCGGAAAUUGCGAAAAAUAGGUUAUGUUUCUUGUUACAAGAAGCGUUUCAACGAGGUUGGUUAGACGCAUAACAUAAAUAAAAAACAAAGUAGAAAAAUGUAUAUUGGUUAAGUAUGAAUAAAUGUAUUUAAAUAUCCAUUGUUAUUAUUUAUACAGUGUGGCUCUUUUAUAUUGGAAAAUAACUAAAAUAAGACGUUAUAUAAAGCCUAUACUCAUACUAAUUUCAUGUGCAUGCCCUUAAUAAAACG